AAUCAAAAUUAGCUAAUUUGAAUACAUGAGCAUAUCUUUUUGGUGUUUCUUCAUGGGUUUGCACUUCCAACAAAGUGUUGGUAGUGACAUACAGGGUCAUAAGCGGAUCCGAUUAAACAGACUAACAGAGGCGUAUGACAACGUGGGAGUUAGCAAUAUAUCUUGCAAGAUGUGGCGUGAGUAGUUCAUCAACAUUACAUGUAUGCGACUGAGUCUCGACUCUCAGAAAAUCUGUGCCGUCUUUUCUUUAGACCCCAAAUGGCUCUCGAUCGAACGGCAGUCCAAGACAUCCACCAGAGUUUCAACGACGACCUCGCGAUGGCACCCAAAGACUACCGCGCACUUAGGCCAAGCCGCCGAUGGAAAUUCCUCCAAACGCUCACUUCCUGCUUCCUUACCCUUCUAGUAGCUACCUCAGGCAGCAAAACGAUUGACGAGGUUAAAAGACGGCAUCGAGUCAACGCUGAGCUCCUAGCCGGGGGACAGCUUACGUUGGAACUCUUCCCUCCACUAUCAUACCUCUUCGCGGUAGUUGUUCCUAAUGAGGCGCUGCGCUCCACUAUCGUAGCUGCCCGGCUGACGUCGACAUAUAUGGUGCUAUAUCAUACGGCCAAUCUGCAUGUUGGCGGUUGGUGGCGGAUUGAACCAACUGCAUCGUGUGCAGUCCUAUUCCUCCAGGUUUGGCAACGGCUCGUGAACAUGUGCACUGAUGAAGCUAACCCACUUGAGGCAUCAGCGGCCGUAGCCGCAUGUCUUCUCCUGCUGCCCCUCUUAAAUUUCAGGGGUAAAGGUGGUGCUCGAGUUGGCUGGGCACGCCAAAUCCUGGUCAUCUUUGCGGGCAUGCUAGGAUGUAAUGCCGCUGACUGGAUCCUCGGAUAUCUUGCAGUUACUGCACAGGAUCUUUACUCAAUAUCUUCAACGAAAAUCUCUUCCAACGGGCCGCAGCUAGCGCGGAAACUAGCGCUCGCCGUUCUCCGUACUGUUUGCUUGCCUCUGUUGCUGUUGGUCGCAGUGUACGGCUUAUUGAGCCCUUUUUCCGAGACAUCAGCUGGAUUCGCUGGAAUAAACCAUAACUUGCACUUUCUAGACGCUUCUACCCGUCGUUCUCUAAGCCCUCAAGAACCCGUCAGUCUGGAGGCUUUGGACCUGGCGCGAUAUGCUAGGCAUAUUCCAGAGUAUGCCCUGAUUCCCUUUCUACCUCUUUCUUUGUACGUGCCUAACGCGGGAUUUCUAUGGGGCAGCCUAAAUGAUGGCACCGUCUCAUCAUCCGUGGAAGAGACAGGUAACCUGCCAAUGGAAGCCUGCUUCUCAGAUCCGAUUGGCAGGCGGUACCCGUGGGCCUUUGAACAGACCGAUGCGCCUGGAGAUGAGCAUUUGGACGGGGAGCAGCGCUCUUUCGUGCAAAGCCAUCUCUCACUGAUGGCUCUGGUCUACCUGCGCAGCCGCAUAGACCACAUGUAUCUAGGCACGGCGGCCUCUCUUGAUGUCGCAGACCAAGAUGGACGGGCUGAUGAGCAAGAGCCAUUCCAUCGGUUCCCCAUCGGCUUCCACGCCGAGAAAUCGGUCGCUACAGUCUGGGUGCUUGACUAUGAUCCGACGAGAGAUGAUGGCUUUCGUCUGUAUAAUCCACAUAGAGACUGUCACUUGGCCACGACAUUCCGAUCAACUGGGCUGAGCCAAGACGGCGCCAGUCAUGACGAUUCGGUGUACGCUGAGAUGAAGGGAGCGCUUGAGGCUUCGUGCACGCGCCUUGUCAGCAAGUCAGCUUCGACCUUCUGGGCCAUUGAAGGCAGACUUGAGCACCCUAGGAGUAUAGAUUCAGAUUCCUGGCAGAAAAGAUUUCCGCGAACUGUUCGGCCCUUAAUCGAGAUUUUCCAAAAGGGAUACACCAUCCUUCGCGGCCAUGUGUCCCUUUACAGAUGGCAGAGCUAUUACAGCGAGGGGUUAGAACUCUUACUGUCCCCACUCGCUUUUUCCAGGGUUCAAGAAAGAUGGGGGGCCUGGGUUGAACGGCUAAUGUUGUUAUUGUUUCUCGGAUAUCAUAGUUUUUUCCUGCUAGUGAAGCAGCGGACCGGCCGUCGCUUACCGGGAGGCGGUAGGUCUGUAUUUCCGGCCCUCUUUUGUUGGAUUCAUGUCCUAGUCUAUACAGUUCUGGGAGCUGCUCGUCCACAUGGGGAUGAUGUACAAUUGAUGCUUGCUCUGUAUGGAUUACGGGUGAUGUUGCGUCAAUAGUAAAUAGCCUAUAGUUACAGUUACCAGCAUGUAGAUGAAUU